AUGGUGGAUGAAGCCCAGAACGAUGUCAAUAAUGAGCUUAACAAUCUGCCUGCCAACCAAGCUGGCACUAUAACUGGCUCCGUUCCCACGGAUGAGGUAGAGGCACAGGCGAUCAUGGGAGCCAACGGGCCAACCAUGGAGAAGACUAUGACGGAAGAGUUCAACAACGUUGACGGGUCACAUUCGGACGAUGCGACGGUAGCUGACGCCAUCAUUGACGCUGCCAACAAGGACAACAUCGAUGUGACCGGAAAGGUCGGUGCCAAGAUGUAUCAGAAGGUGUUGGACGGUCUGGACGACAAGCGGGCGGCCUGGUUGCGAGGAUCUCUCCCUAACUACAGGGCGGAAUCCAAGUACAUCACCAGUGGUGUGACAGGAAACUAUGAGAAGGAGCUCGAGAACGCUCCCACCAUGGCUGUAGUGAACGGCAAGCUUUCUCCACGCAUCGUCGCAGGGUCCAUCAUCGACGAAGCUGAGAAGGACGAGACUUCUCCUGACUGCACCGGAUCAGUCGACAAGGACGGCAAGCACGGAGUUGGUAGGGGUACCCCUCCUUGCCAGGAGAUUGUGGCCUUCAAGAAGCAGACCAACAAUGCCAACUUGCAGAACAAUCCUACUCCGCUCACUGACAACGCAGGAAGCGAUGGAGGAUCAGGAUCAGGAUCAGGAUCAGGAGCAUGA